AUGCGCGAGAUUGUAUCCAAUCAUCAGCUAUGCGUUCGAACAUAUCCAACCAACCAGAAUGAUGCCUUUGUGCCCAAUGUCAAUGUUACGCUGUUGACGAGGUUGAUCCACGAUGGCACUGCCAAUUUGCUACCCGGUCGUGAUCUGAAGGGUAAACGAAAAGCAUCCAACGAUAUAGAACAAGAAGAAAGGGAAUCAAAACGGGCAAGAAAUUCUGCAAAUUUGACCAGUAACACAGAGGAGAGUACUCAGCAAUAUCGUGUCACGGUCAGCUAUCCAACGAUCUCUUCACUGCGGUCCCAAGAUAUGCCUCACCAUGGUGAGAUGGCACCUAUUUUGCAUCAUCUCUUGAAUAUACACUAUGAUAGUGACUUGACCCAGGAUAUUGGGUUUGCUAGACCAGACCCAGUCUCCCUCGACAUUUGGAACAGAGAGGAUGAUGAACUGCAGGCGGCUCUGCUGGCAUUGAAUGGGUCCAGCCUCGAUUUGGGAAUUGUCAGGAUUACCCAAGACGGUGAACAUGUAGUUAUCGUAUCCGGAAAAGGGGAAUGGUUGCUUAUCACUCCUUCCCUUCGUAUCGACGCCAACUCUCACGACAUUCAGUCUGAAUCGGCCGUUGAUCUUCUACUUGCCAUCCGGACACUGCAACUGAUGGGGAGGUCGCACCUCGAAGCCAAGUUGAAAGUACUGCCUCCAUCAGAAUCUUUUUUCUUUUCUUUGCAGCUAGAGUAUACGGCAUCAAUCGUUCUCCCUGCAAUUAUGAAACCGUUUUCAUCUAAACGCGUCAGCAAGAAAGAUGUGCACUCGCGUCAGGAUGCUCGGCGACGAUUUUUAACCGCAGCUUGGGUCUAUGACGAUAUGCAUGACUCCGGUGGCAAAACCAUGACAGUGUCCUCAUUUUAUUCUACGAUGGGACCUGCUCCGCCGUUACCAUCUCCGGAGGCGACCAAGGCCAUGCAACCGGUUGCCCUCUCUUCCACAUUGCUUCCUUUCCAACUCCGUAGUGUUGCCUGGCUUUUAGAACGAGAAGGCAUAUCAGUCACUUCUGACGGCAAACUCGUCCCACAGGAGUCUUCUGGCCAAUUUUCGUUUUGGAGUGAGGUUAAAGAUGGUGAACGAACUUGGUAUUACAAUCGCUUGAGUGGUGAGCUAGCAGAAGAAGCUCCCGAGUUGCCUACGAUACACGGUGCAAUGUUGGCAGAGGAACCGGGGUUGGGUAAGACUGUAGAAACCAUUGCUUUGAUGCUUCUCAACCCAGCCCCUAAGGACUGGAAUCCUAGUUUGACACGGUGGGAUCCCGAUGGGCAUCUUGAUGUCAAAGCCAUCAAAAGCACUUUGAUUGUUACUCCUCCUUCGUUGGCAUCGCAGUGGAAGACAGAGUUGGCAAACCAUGCACCCUCUCUCAAAGUUCUUAUGUACGACGGAUGGACCAAAGUUAAAGUCCCCAUCAGUAAAACAAAGUGGGGCCUUGAACGAUUCAAGAAGGUAGAAUUAGAAUCAAGGCCCAAGAAAAAAGGCAAAUCCAAAGCACGGAAUGUUGAAGAGGACGGGUCAAAUUCGCGAAGUGAUGACGGUGAAGUCCUCGAGUGGUGUGAGUACGUGCACCAAUUUGAUGUGGUAAUUACCACAUAUAAUGUGCUGAGGAGCGAGAUUCACGUCGCGCGUCCUCCGCCAGACAGACCGAAAAGAGAAGAGGCGUCUUAUCAUACAUCUUCGCGGCUUAGGAGCCCUCUGGUCAUGGUUGAGUGGAAGCGCGUAGUUAUGGAUGAGGUUCAAAUGGUUGGUGGUGGACAGGCUGCUGAGAUGGUGUCUCUUAUACCCCGCCUAUCCUCUUUGGCCGUCUCAGGCACACCGGCUAAAUCGCAGAUGUCGGACCUUAUUCAUGUUCUCAAAUUUUUGCGCAUCGAUCAACUUGUUGGCGAUCUACGCCUUUGGAAUAGACUUUUGAAACCGGGGUUCGCCAAAGACUUCGCGGCUUUUUUGAAGCAUUAUGGAAUUAGGACAAUGAAGUCCUGCGUGACAUCCGAAUUGACGAUUCCUCAACAAACGCGAUACCUUGUUGGGAUUGACUUAGGUCGAGUUGAGCAACAUGUUUACGACCAGACCCUUGAGGCAAUCUUACAGCAAUUGGGUCUUGAUGCGAGAGGAAUUGCCGCUACCGAGGGCUGGCAGGUUAAUGGAAAUCUCCUACGAUCUGCUAUUCGUCGGUUGCGUGGGAUCUGUACACAUCCUCAAGUUGGUCAAUUACAGAAACGGGGAGAUGGUCUCUAUAAACCGGGCGCUCUGAAGACCAUCGAUGCUGUCCUUCAGUCGAUGAGAGACCAGAACUGGAAAAAUCUAAUGGAAGAUUGGAAAGCCAAAAUCCAGCUUAUGAUCCGUUACGCACAACUGCAACAGAAAGACGACACGGUUCCUAAUCACCAACAAAACGCACUGAGAACUCUGGUUCUUGUCGAGGAAGAUACCAACAAACACCUGGAAGAAAUCAAAGAUGCCUUGACGAAACAUGACGCGAAAGGCAAGAUCUUGAUAGAAGAAGCCGCUCAACUGCGCCAACAACGGGAAGUCUCAGCUGAAGCUGGUGAGCCGAACGAAAAAGGAAAGGGAAAGGCUCGCGAUAGUGCAGACGGUCGUGAAGAUGAUGGCGGGGAAGACGAAGAUCCGGAGGAAAAAGGUCUUCCUAAGACACCAGCGGGAGAAGAACACCGCGUGAAACGCAGAACGCUGAAGAGCCGCCUGCGCGAGGGGUAUGUACUACUCCAUAGGGUCAAGUUCCUACAGGGUGAUGUUUAUCAUGUCCUGGGACGAUCCAACGACGAGGACGCAGCCUAUCAGGCUGCAGAACAGUUGCGGCGUCAGCUUCUAAAAGUAACUGAAAAUGAAGCUGCCAAAGCGAUGAGUAUGCUCAACGGACCGAAUUUGAAGCCUACUGUGACUCUAAAUGAUUUAAUUAUCGAUCUCCCCUUGCUGGGCAAGGGAGGAAUUAGGUCUACAGAUUUGAUGGAAGAAGCUAACACCAUCGUGGAUGAAGUUCUCAAUGACCAGUCUGAUCUUACGUGGGAAUGGAGAACCCACAUCAUGGAGUUGUUAACGAAGCCCUUGAAUCCAGGGGGCGCAGAAGACGACGUCGAUGGUCAAGAGUAUCAGCGCACUCUGGAUGACCAAGGUGAGGCUGAAACGUACCUGCAGGCAUAUGCUGCCAUUUUAUCCGACCGCAGAGAAGCUCUCGUCAAUGAGCGCACGUUGUUGGCGGCACAUGAAGUCCGUGAAAAACAAGUGCGCCAAACUAAAGCUGCGUUGAAGGCAGCCACCGCUGCUGCUGAAGCGUUGGACGUCCCUGAAGGUCUAGAUAUCAAGCCAGAGCACGAGGUGUUGCAUGAGGAGCUAUCUUCUCAACGCAAGGAUAUAUUGAUUCGUCUAGAUGGGAGGUCUGUGAAGAGCAUUCUUAUUGAUCUAAACGGCGUUGCUGUGAAGAUAUUACAAGAAAACAACCCGGAAAAAGUUAUUGUUAGGGAAGCUAUCGAUAAAUUGCGACGCUUUAUUUCUGAGCAGAAUUCCUUGCACGAAAAGCUUGAUGCGGACCUGGCCCUUCUCAGAAAAGCAUUCAAUCAAAGGAUUCUCUACUUCCGGCAAUUGCAGGAAAUUUCAGACUCGGUGGCUGAUGUUGAGUGGGAAGAAGCUUCAGCGGCGGACGCAGGCCUGGCGUGCGUCACGGAGAAAAACGAGUUGGAAGCAAAAAUCAAUACUACGCGUGCACGGCAGCGAUACCUUGAUAACCUCGCAAAAAAUCAAGAUGAAGGUAUAAUGGAUGAAGAUGACAAAACAUGCAUUCUCUGUCGAAGUGAAUUCAUCAGAGGAUUUAUUACGCAAUGUGCGCACGUUUUCUGUGAAGGAUGUAUGCGAGCAUGGUUACUACGAAAAGAGGGCAAAACAUGUCCUGUUUGUCGCGUGGCUAUCAACCCAGAUAGCGUGCAACGAUUUACAGUGAAUGCUGCACAGAUCGAACCUCCUCCUCAGCCAGUAUUGGGAGAGCCCGCCCCUCAAUCUCGCCGACAGAUUGAGUACAACAGAAUUGAUCCAGCCAUUUUCAAAGAUAUUCAAACUAUGGAGACCUAUGGCGAUUUCGGAAGCAAGAUUCAAACACUGAUUCGGCAUAUAUCAUAUAUCAAGCACAUCGACCCAGGUGCCAAAAGCAUAGUGUUUUCGGCUUGGGCCGAUUCAUUACAUAUUGUCGAACGGGCAUUCUCGGAAAAUGGGAUACCAUGCUUGAGAAUAGAUCAGGGUUCAAAAAAUGCCGCCGAGAAGUUUGCGGCGGAUCCUGAUAUUCUUGUUCUUUUGCUACAUGGAGAGCGAGAAAAUGCUGGUUUGAAUGUCACUUGUGCAUCUCGGGUAUUCCUUCUUGAGAGUGUAGUUCACCACAGUUUCGAGAUUCAAGCUAUUGCACGGAUUGACCGCCUUGGCCAAACGCGACCCACAGAAGUUUACUGCUACUAUGCGGAAGGUACAAUUGAACGCAACAUUCUCGACCUCGCUGCUCGAAAAGGGCUAUCAUUAUAUACCAAGGAAAAUUCUCAUGGUACUGUGAAUGUGUCGCCGUUCAAUCAAGACAACGAACAAGAUGUCGAUAAUCCAGAAAGGCGCAAGGGACAGCAACGAGGAGACUUCAUCCACAAAAUUGACGAUAUGCUUUCGAUAUUAUUCCCUCACAUGUUUGAGGAUCUGGAAUAUCUUCUACCUCCAUCUGUCGCUUUACCCUUUGAUCCCUCGAUAGACGAGGUCCACGAUGUUACAAUGGCUGAUAACGUUUCAGCGUCUAUUACUCGUGCACUCAAUCAUGCACCUAAUAGUGCUACAACCAAUGUGGUUGCUGGCCCAUCUAGACUCCGCUAA